AUGAAAAGCUCAUUCCCCCCACCCUUCCGCACCGCCCGCCUCCAAUUCGACCCGAUGGUCGACGCCGACGCGGCAGGCAUCCACGCCAUCCGCGGGUUGGAAGAGGUCAUGAUAUGGAGUCACAAAAAGGUCCCUGAUGCGGAUCUCGCGACGACGGAAAAAUGGGUGGAGGAGUAUCUGCGGCCGGAGCAGCGGGUGCCUGAGAAUGUGGGGUAUGUGAUUCGGGAGAUUGGGUCUGGGUCUGGGUCUUCUGCGUCUUCUGGGCCGGUUGGAGGGGGAGAUGGAGAUGGGAAAGGUGAGUUCGAGUUCGAGUUCGAGUUCGAGUUCCAGUUACUCGUCUUGCAAGCAACAGGCCGGAUCAUCGGUUCUAUUGGCUUGCGCUAUGGGCUUGUUGAGGAAAUGGGCGGAAAGCGCUGGGAGCUGGGGUAUAUCUUCCACCCGGACUUUUGGGGGAAGGGGUAUGCGACUGAGGCUGUGAGGGGGUUGAUGGGUGCGUGGCCGGGGAUCUAUCAGGGGAUUACUUGGGGGGAUGUGCAGCAGGAGAGGAGCAGGGAGGUGGUUGCUAUCACGGACAAGGGGAAUGAGGCGAGUAUGCGUGUUUUGAGCAAGUGUGGAUUUGAGGCUGUGGAGGAGUUUCUGGAUGAGGCUGGGAUGCCGUGUGUGGCUUUUGUUUAUAGGUGUUAG